AUGCAGCGAUUGUUAUACACAUUUUUUAUAUUACUAUCGGGGUUUUUAAUUGUUUUGGUUGAAUCUAAAAAAUCGUGUUUAUUAUCGACUGAAAAAAGUGAUGUUGCUUCGUCGAUUCGAUUUACCCAUGGUCUUUUCGAAAUCAAACAAUCAAACUCUACUUUAGAUGACCCAAAAAGUCAAUAUAGAAAUUCAAAAAUCGAAUGGAUCCGAAAUGUAACAUAUCAAUCUCAAUUUGUUGCCGUAACAACCUAUGAUGUAGACGUUAUUCUAUCGGAAUAUGAGUAUAGUCCCAUAGGCGGCUUGCGUAUCGCUCGGGUAACACCUGAAAAUAAAGUUGUCUGGAAUCAUACGUAUGAUUUGACACCUCAAUCAUCUAGUGUUAUCGUUCAUAAACCAUUAGAAGCUAUUUGGUUUGCCCAAUUUUCACAGUUAACCAACUCAUCACAUCUAAUUGGUCUACAUGCAAUAAAUGGAACUGUGCGAUACAAUUUUACUCUAGCAAAUUAUAUUCAAUUUCAAGUAGAUUUACAAUCAGCAUAUUUAUGUGCUGUAUCAUAUGAUUAUCUGUGGCAAACACCGAAUUUUGCAUUACAAUGUUAUGAUGGAUCACUGCCUAAAAAUCAACUAUUGUGGACAACAAAUUUGACAAUGGCUGAUAAAGUCAGUACAUAUAAAGUAUUCGUUUCAUAUCCAGCAAUUGAUUCAAGAAUAAAACGUGUCUAUAUAUCAAUGAUGCCUGGCUAUAUUUAUCAGACCGGCUAUGUAAAUAAUUCAUUGAUGGGUAUUAAUCUUGUCACUGGAAAAUUAUUAUAUCAAAAUUGGCUAUAUACAGCCGACCAUUGGACGUCAAUUGGGCAUCCGCUAGCGUCAGCAAAUGACGACGGAAUUGUUUAUCUAUCAGGUCGAACAUUAAUGGCAUUCAAUGGUGAAAAUGGUACACUGAGAUUUCUGAGAGCACGACCAGCCACGUAUGAUGAACGUGUGGACAGCGCUACACAUGAUACAAGUAUUAUCAAUAUUAAUUAUCUUGGUGAUUUUACAUAUCAACAAAUUUUAUCAUUAUGGGAUGGUGAUACAGGUAAAUUAUUAUGGAAUAUCAGUGUGCCGAAUAGUAAUUUCUAUGUAAACUAUCCUGUAAGUACUACUGUUCGUAGUAGUGAUUAUUUACAUCUGACUGCACAAGAUAAUGUCAUUAUUGGUCGUUUACCAUCAUCGAAUGAACCUGUUUGGAGAUUCAAUACAUCUGUUGCUCAAGGUCGUGUAGCACGUCUUGGUGUUACAAACGAAACUGUAUACGUUGUGGUUGUGUACUAUGAACAUCAAGAAUUAUGGAAAAUAUCGUUAUCUAAAGCAUUCAUUAGACAACAAGAAGAAACAAAAUUUUCAUCAAACUAUAGUCAAUGUGGUGCCUAUUGUAAAGAUUAUACUGAUUGUCUUUUAUAUUCUUGUAGUAACUGUGUGGAUAAUCAUUGUUCUCCACCAGAUCCAUUGUCGACAUCAUGUAAAAAUGAAGGCGACUGUAAUCAAAUGAUUACAACAUGUCUUUAUGGAUCAUGUAGAACAAUGUGGCCAGAUUGUUUCGGACAAUGUAAUAGUUAUUGGACUAAAUGUUAUUCAGUUGAUUGUACGCGUUGUAAUGGUGUUGAAUGUGAAUCUUAG